AUGUCGUCCACUACAACCGCUAACACGAUCGCUGCACUAUCAUCGAUAUUCGCCAUCGAAGGAUAUCCAAAAACCAUGGUUAGCGACAACGGUCCGCAGCUUACGGCUGACGCCUUUGAGGAAUUCUGCAAACGUCAUGGAAUAAAACACAUAACCACAGCACCGUUCCAUCCAGCAUCCAAUGGAUUAGCAGAGCGUUUCGUUCAGACGUUCACUCUAAAUUCCCACGGAAAAUCUCCCGCCGAGUUAAUCCAUGGGCGUUCAGUCCGUACCGUACUAAGUCAACUUUUCGAGCAGCCUGUCGAAGCCAAGCAAUCGGUUACCAAGUACGUCCCAAAUCAAAUGGUCUACGCUCGUAAUUAUACAAGGGGAGAAAAGUGGAUUGAAGGAUCUAUCGACCGUCCAGUUGGAAAAAUGAUUUUCAUGGUUCGCACCACAAAUGGUUAUAUCAAGCGCCUUUUCAACCAGCUAAAACCGAAGAUCCCAGCAAGCAGCUCCAUCGAAAAACCUCCAGAGUUCUUAAAGAUCUAG